AGACAUGCGUGCGCGCAUGUAGUCCUAUCUUGGACUUAAAUCCCAGUGUUUUUGGGUUUAUUUUUGAUAAAACCCUCAGGCGGUUAUCCCGAACUUGGUGGAGGUUGUUAUAAAUUCACAUUUUGUGAAAAUUUUGAAAAAAAUGCGUGUUUUGGACUGUGUGAGCGGCGGCGGCGGGAAGCUCAGCGGCACGGCCAGCGGCGAGGUGUUUACUAUAAAUACGGCGUCGGAUUCCAGUUUGAAUAUACCGAGAGCCGAUCUCGAAUCUCAGUCGACUGUCACGAACACAAAGUCUUCGCCGGGCUGCAGACUCUGCUGGCGGUUGUGCAUCGACGUACCUAUUGUUGUGUUAGUCCUCGGUCUGGUGGGCUUGUAUGAGGCGCGGGUGAUCCCCAGCUACAAGGCAGGGUUCUUCUGCAACGACCCAGCCCUCUCAUACCCCUUCAAGGGGGACACGGUCACAGCGGAGGUGCUCAUUCCUUCACUGCUGAUUGGGCCUUUGGUGUUUAUAUUUGUAACAGAAUUAUUCAUCAAGAGCGACUACACAUUCCGGGGGCGUCUGAAACGCUCCUUGCAGGGCACCGCCUGGGUCUACAGGUGUUUCCUGUACGGUCUCGUCUUCAACUUCGUUCUGGUGGAACUGAUCAAGGGCAUCAGUGGCAGAGGAAGGCCUAGCUUCUUCGAUGUCUGCAAGCCGGAUACCGCUCUGACUUGUAAUGGUACGGAGUGGGUGAGUACAUUCGAGUGUACCGCGGAGUGGUCGAGCAGCUACCGGCAGUUCGACUCGUACCACAGCUUCCCCUCGGGACACACGUCGCUGUCUGUGCAUGCCGGCUUCUUUGUUGCGUGGUACCUCCAACGCCGGGCUUUCAGCUGGAAGAACACCAGCUUCUUCCUAGUCCCGUUCCUCCAGCUGUGCUGCAUGGUGUACGCAGCCGUGUGCUCGCUGUCCCGCAUCACAGAUAAUCAACAUCAUUGGUGGGACGUGCUGGUGGGAGCUGUGAUAGGUGUAGCUACUAUGUGUUACUCUGCGUUCGUGCUACUAAAUAACUUGAAAACCAAAAGUUCAGAAGACUGCAGAAAUAGUAGAAAAAGUAAUUUACCGAAAUGUUUAAUUGACGACUCUAGAUUUGCUACUGCCUAGUAUUUUUUAAUGUGCCAAUUCUAGGAAUAAUAGGAUAUUUGUAAUGUUCUUAUGCCUAAAAAACAAUGAGCAAGUGAUUAUUUAUUGAGGAAGGAAAAAUGGAAUUGAAUUUAUAUUAUUUUAAUUACUACGUAUUAAGUGCCAUUUUUGUAAAUAUUAUUUAUAUUAAAAAAGUAUUUUACUAAUUAAGGAAG